AUGAUCGUCACCAUUAUUAUUCAUUACGACCAAUCAUCAUUAUCACUCUCAUCAUCAUUAUCAUUAUCAUCAUCAUCAUCGUCAUCAUCAUCAUUAUUAUUACUAUCAAUCAUCAUCGUCAUCAUCAUUAUUAUUAUUAUCACCAAUACUAAUCCGAACAGUAAUCGCAAGGGCCUAUCAUCAUUGUGGCGAAAAAUGAUCGCAAAAUGUAUCAAUGAAGCGAAUAAUGGUCACAAAGGUUAUCAAUUCCUGCAGCGAACAGUAAUCGCAAGGGCCUAUCAUCAUUGUGGCGAAAAAUGA